CAGACAGAAAUCUUUCUAGAAGUUAUUGUUAACAGAAUCUAGUUUAAGACACCAAUUCUUGUCACUAACGAAAGAAUCCUUGCCUCACUUUCAAGUGAUAGUGAAAAUGUGGAACAGAUGGUAUUUAACCAUAGGUAGACCACACAAACCACAGAACUUUAUAAUAAGUUGUGCAUUACACUUAACCUGUUUAGUAAUUGGAUACUCAUUGGUGAUCCAUACUUGAUAGUGCGCAAUAAACGGUGAGUUCACAAGUGCCACAGCAGUUGUCACUCAAGACUCAAAGUGCAAUCGAAAGCACUGAAAAAUAUGCCAUAUGUCAGCACGAUUGUGGUCAAUCCGUUUCCUGAACAUGGAUAUCAGAAAAUAAUAUAUUGGUAAUGCCACCACGUGGGGUUAAUUGGAUGAUCACGAUUCCAUUUGUUGGUUGGGUAAUUAGGAUUUGGAAACUAUUAUUAUAAAUGCUGAUUUUUUCCUUAUCUCUUAAAUAUAAAGACAAAAAUGUGUAUGACUAUUAUCCAUUUAACAUUGCAGAGCUUGAUAAAAACUUAUAAAUUCAAGCGAGAAAAUGUAACCUUUGACUUAUUUCAAUUGAAAGGUACAUUCCUGCAAACUUAAAUAAUGUUAACUGUAAUAAAUUCGUGCUCAUGCAAUAUCUGAUAAAUUAAACUCGUGUAAUAAUAACAGUGACAGUAAUGUUCAACCAUAUUUGUUUUUUAGAUUGCAUCCGGUGUUAAUGAGCAAGCAUUAACACAAUCAAAAGUAUGUUAAUCUGUAAGAGUACCAAAAUUAAUACCACACUUAUUAUAAAUAAUAAAUACCAGAAUUCACAAAAACACAUGUUUGCUCGAAUUUACUUGUGUUUCGUUUUCGACAAGAGUUAGCUAAUCUGGAAAGUUUCAAGAUAAGGAUAUUUCAAGUGCUGAAACCACAGAGUGACCUAGCCUGAUAUAAUCCCACAAAUUUACGUCAUGUUGACAUCACAUGCUUCAACAUAUAUAUUUUUUCUCAGUCUGGUUCCAAUAGAGACUGGAAUAUAUGAUGUCUUGCAAUGUCAUAGUUCUUUCUUAUGUGACUUUCAAUUAAACAAUAAUGUGUGUUAAUUUAUGCGUAUUUAUUAAAAUUUUAUAACUAUCUUUAUUAUAUGUAAUGUGUAUGAAACAAUUUACUUACGUGCAUUUAAUUAAGUUGGGGACAUUCUCAAUGGCUAUUUGGAAGGUCCUAACGUUGUUCAGUCUUCUGACCUUGACCACUCAAGUUCAAGGUCAAGCACCUGUUUCUCCAUUUUUCCUGCUGUGUAAUUACCAUGGCAAUGGUCAGGAGGUGGGGGCCAGCACAGGGGAGGUGAAGCUCAGUGUCAGUAUCCAUGGCAACCCUGAUAACUAUGUUCCAGGACAGUACUAUAAAGUAACAAUAACGUCCAGCCUCAACUUUGACGGCUUCUUCCUGACUGGACUCUACACGAUAUCUAGCCCCGCCCUACAGAGAAUGCAGGCCCUGGGGAUGCAGGGAGGUCAGCCAGUCAGUCAGAACCUGAUGUGCUCCAUAGUCCACUCCCACAUGUCCCAGAGUCCUGUGCGGGAGACCACCUUCAUGUGGAUUGCCCCGCCCGCUGGGUCCGGUUGUGUCAACUUCCUGGCAACAGCAAUGCUGGGUCAGCAGAUGUUGUUCAAGGACACGACAGUUCUGCAUCUUUGUGAGGAAGGAGCUCCAACUCUCAGCCCACUGCGUCCAGUCCUGGCAGAGCUGCAUUCGGACUCGAUGAUAUUCCGUGACGACUUUGAUUCCUUCAAAUCAUUUGGACAAGAUCACUGGAGUUCUCAUGAAGGUGUAGACAUAGGCACAGGCUGUGGUUCCCUGUUCUACGGUGAUGCAGCAGUUUUCUGUGAGAACACCGGGAACCGUCGACUGGUCACCGCUGCGUUAAAUACAACAACUGCAGCAGUUCUACAGUUCUUCCUUGGUACUGGUUCAUGUCGAGGCAGUGACAAAGAUGCCGAUAUCAUGGUGUUGUUUGGUCUUAAUGGCUGCCAAGACUGGUUCAUCCUUGACUCACUCCCACCACCAACAAAUGGUAGUAUUCCAAAGUCUGUACUUAUUCACCUGCCAGAGAAGGCUAGAGGAGAUGGCGUCUGCUUUGCAUGGUCACAAGAACCCACCCUACCCCAAAAGGCUACAAUCAGAUAUACCACUGAGGCUACAACACACUCAAGAAAUGCAGUGCUCAAAGACAUUGCUACUACCUCUCAAACCAAGUUCUCAUUAUCUGGAAAAGUUAAAACAGUCCCAACGACAUCCUUCAAAUACCCUCCAACACAACCAUCCACCAGGAAGACCAAAAGCACUCCAAAGACCACCACUGAUUACAAGCAAUAUGAAUACACUACGGAGAUUGUAGACUAUGAUGAGCAAAACAUAACCUUUCCUGAGUAUACCGUGCACGAAGUUCCAGCUCAGGACAAUCCACUGGCAGACGCCCAGAGCUCAAAAACUGCGGGAAAACAAGUGGACUUUGACACAGUGGUCGGAGCAGUCCCAGGCACAUUCCAAGGUUGCUGGGCAAUAGACCAUGUGAUCAUCGUUAACACCGCCCAUGUGCCUACCUCUCUGCAGGAUACAUUCAACCCAAUCAACCCCAGUGACUGGCUGUCUUUUCCGGGGGCCCAUUUCAAGCAACACUGCCAUUCGGACGACACAGCCAUGGUUUUCAAUCACAAGUCCCCAGUCACUGGAGUGGGGAGUCGUGACCUUGACCUUUCUGUACCAGACUACCAGAAGGAUAUCAUACUGGCAGAACAGUUUGAAGACAAGGCACUACCUGGUUGGCAAGUGUCUGGUGGUAAUGUGGACCUCACUUGUGGGAUCAUUCACUCUGGAAGCUCAGUGGUGUUUGAUGGACCAGGAAAGAGCCGCAGAAUUUGCACCCCUGACAUUGACCCUCGAAAAGCGGGCAAUCUGAGGUUUCAUUUCGGCCUUGGUUCUGGGGGUUGCCAUAGUGAUGACAUUGAGAAGGCAGAGGUCAUAAUUUACAUGGAGGAUACAAAUGAGCAUACAAUCUACAUCAUAGAGAAACUUGAUGUCAACUCAUACAAGGAGCCCAAGCUUGUGUCUGUGCCCCUCAAACCCAUAGAGCGUCACUCCAGCGCCCGUAUCUGCUGGGUGCAGAAGUUCAGUGGAGGUCAAGGUCAAAAUGUCUGGGCGCUUGACAAUGUCGAGAUCUUACCCUACCUACCCCAGUCUGCAAACACAUCAAAAAAUAAAAUGGCCCAGUUCAGUCUGAAUUUGAAUUGUGGAAACUUUGCAGAUAACAAUGAUGUGGAGUUGAAGUACUCGACCAACUACGGGUCCACCUGGCAUCGCCUACAUGAGCCCUGCCUGCCUGCGCAGUGUGACGCAGAGUACCGGCCCCUGGACACACACUUCCACGCUGACACAUACAAGAGGUGGCGACGAUUCACAACUCCCUUGCCGUAUGCUGCAAUGGUUCCCGUUGUUAGAUUCCGUUGGGAGAAGACAUCCAGUGAUGAUCCGAACUGGGCUCUUGAUAAUGUUUAUAUCGGGACCUGCAAGGAAGGAUGUAAUGGCCACGGAGCCUGUCUUGACGGAAAAUGCAGUUGUGAUUUUGGCUAUAUCGGAGAUACCUGUGAGAGUACAAUUGCACCCAAUCCCACAAUCCUCCUGGAGAACUUUGAUGGCACUGGUCUGCCCAUUAGUACAGGUAUAGAGCACAUUCUUGGAGCCAGUCUUAGUUUUGACUGUGAUGUGUUGUCCACUGGGAAAGCAGCAGUGUUCAAUCUGGAUGGCAGACGGGAGUUUCUAACCGCUGAACUCAACACGACUAACACCAUGUACAUACAGUUCAACAUCCGGGUGGGCAGUAACUCGCCAGUCUCCGGCUGCCCCGCUGCAGAGAAGACCAAGGAGCUGGUCCUGCUGGACUACACAUGUAACGGCGGGGUCACCUGGCAACUGCUGAAGUCAUUCAACACCGUUGACUACAGGUCUCCCAUGUCUGACUCAGUUCUGCUGCCCAACGAGGCAAGGAAUACGGGCUGCAAGUUCCGCUGGUGGCAGCCCGAGCACUCUGGAUAUCACCAGGACGUGUGGGCGCUAGACGACAUCAGCAUCAAUGACCACCUGUUCAACACACUCCACGUUCACAUGAAUAACAUGGUGGACAUCGGGGAACAACUGGCCAUCACUAAUGGACGCCUCUCGGAUACCUACUGUCGCAAGAUGAAAAGUAUUAGUUUCAUUGGUUCUCCAACAACAGACAAUGUUCGCCUGCUCACCACGGAGUCCAUGCACAUCGGUCCAGGCUACAUCAUGCAGUUUGAGCUUGUGAUGGGGUGUGGCCUCCCGUACUCUAGUCUCCGUGACAACCGCCUCUAUCUGGAGUACUCAACGGACCACGGCAUCCACUGGAGCCUCGUGGUUGACCCCUGCCUGCCCCCCUCCCCCUGCGACCUUGUGCACCAGGGAACCAUAUAUGACUGGACCCAGUACAGGGAAUGGACGAGAGUCACUGUUCCCUUGCCCACAACUACAUGGGGCCCGUCUACACGGUUUCGGCUGCGUCAGGACACGUGGGCUAGGACGGACACCUGGGGUGUGGCCAGACUCUACAUCGGUCAGCAGUGUCCAAACAUGUGCCACGGGCACGGGGAAUGCAAUGAGGGUGUCUGCAGCAACUCAUCUAAAGACAAGAUGCAGGCAGACUUUGGUAUCCGGUACGAAACCAGACAUGAUUUUGAGCAUAUCCGUGGAGGAAAGAAUGGUGUGGCGAGAAUGGUAAGCAAGGAUAUGGAUACUCGCCGAGCUGACUAUCUCCAGUUCUACCUGCGCAUAGGUGGUGAUGGGAAGGAGUGCUUCGGUAGUGACCUGAGGUCAAACGGGGUCAUUGUGCACGUACUCGACCAAUGGGGGCAUCACAUGGAACUUUUGGAUGAGCUGUGCCAUGGGAAGAGCGAAUGGAGGAAGAACACGAGAGAAAGAAGGUCAACUACCAGCCACUACUUGAUGCUUGCCAACGACAAGGAUGAGAUAAUUGAAACCUCCCAGUGGAGGUUGACAGUCGGGGCUUCGCAGGGCAUUCAGUCGUGA